AUGGAGAAGAUUUUCAAGGUUGAUGAUGAUAAUUUAAAUGAAUUUAAGUUUAUUUUUACGGAUGGCUCUAAAUACAAAAAUAUGGCUGGUUGUGCGGUGUUUCAGGAAAAUUUAAAGAUAAAAUUAGGUUAUAAAUUUCCGGAUUUUGUGUCAGUAUUUACGACUGAAUUAAUAGCAAUUAAAAAAGCACUAGAAUUAAUAAAAAGAUACAAUUUUCAGAAAGCGAUUAUAUUUACAGACAAUAAAAGCUGCAUUGCAAAAUUGCAAAACUUAUUCUAUACAACAAAAUUACUUGAUGCAGAGUACUAUGUAAUUUGGAAUAAUAUUGCUAGACUAGUAGAAGGGGGCCAUAAUGUGAAAUUAUUAUGGGUCAAGGCACACUCUGGGAUUGUAGGGAAUGAAUUAGCAAAGAGGGCUUCAGAGCAUGGGCCAGAGGUAAAGGUUGCCAUGUAUAAAGAUUUUUUAAAUAAAGUGUCGCAAAGGAUCAACAUGGAAUGGCAAAAAGAUUGGGAUGUUUCAUCUCAGACACGUGGUCAGUAUUAUAAAAGAAUUAAACCGGUAGUGAAUAAAAAACUAUGGCAGGAGCAAUUUAAAGAAGAAGACAGAAGGGUGUAG